AUGGAGAACAACCCUAGUUCAUCAAGAACUGAUACAAAAUCCAUUGAGCAGAAUAGAAGAAAUCAAAUGAAGGAUCUUUUCUCCAAGCUCAACUCAGUUGUGCCUCAUCAAAGCUCAAGGGAAGCCACAUCGCAGCCGGAUAAGAUAGGUGAAGCCACAAAUUACAUAAAGAAUUUACAGAUUAAAUUAGAGAAAAUGAAGGAGAAAAGGAACAACCUAAUAGACAUUGAAAGGUCAAAAAAUGCUAGCAUGAAUAUGGGGUUGAAGUCUCCACAAUUUAAGAUCCAACAAAUGGGUUCAGCCUUAGAGAUUGUUCUAGUAACCGGGAUGGAUUGCCAAUUCAUGUUUGCAUGGCAGAACAUCUUCUUCCUAACAGAGACCAUUCGUGCUCUUCAAGAAGAAGGAUAUGAUAUUGUUAAUGCCAGUUAUACAGUUGUUGAAAAUGCAGUUUUCCAUACAAUACACUGUCAGGUAGGGGGAUCUGCUAAUGGAGCUUUGAGGAUAUCUGAGAAAAUAAAGAAGUAUCUCAAUGGUUGCUAG